ACGUUCGCCGCCUGCUAAGGGAGCAUCGAAACACAUAACGCCACAGAUGUUGCCAGUCAUUGCGCAUUUUCUUUUCCGCUGUCUCUACACUUUCUUCUUGUCAGCAUGGAGCGUGGCGCGGCGUAAUUGAUCAACACAAGAGACUGGUUGGACAUCUUUCAUGUUUUCACGACCAUCCAGCCUAAAAGUGUCUUGCUUCUUGAGCCUUUGUUGCUCAUCAUUUCCGUCUGCACUUGCAGCUGUUGUUGUAUUCAGUUCUUCGUUUCUUCUUCACAGGUAUCUAUUAUUAAUCUCUCCGCGCCAACUAUGCGCUGGUCAAUCUUCGAUUUCACGCCCCAGUCUUGCUCUCGUCUACUUCGUUCGCGUGUUUUACGUUCUGAUAGUAAGGGCGCAUGUUAUGGCGUCAAAACGCUUGGGUGAGUUCUUCAUGAGGUCUGCUAUAAAAAGAUACUUGCCGCGCACAAGUCGUAUGAUGCCCAUCGACGCCAUGCUGACACGGACGUCUCCAGGAGAGACUCUCCUCCAGCGAUUUUAUGUAAUGUCCAAACGAGUGGAAUGCCUUGGGAAGGUAUAAGCCCGCUGGUGUGCUUCCCGACUGUGUGCGUCCCUAUGUUGCUGAAGAGCUCGAAUGUAGUAG